UUGAGAUUUCCCUUCUUUUUUAACCAAUUUGUUGGAUUCAGCUGGGACAGGAAUCCUGCCUCCCAGGAUCUGAGCUGGCAAUCCAUCCCUUCUCACCAGACCCAAGGAGGGCAUCCUCUCUGCCUGUGAACAACCUCAUUUUAAGCUGCAGGACUCUGGCCUUGAGGAACAGUUGGAAGGGGCAGCUAAUCUCACCUUGCAACAGGAGCAGCAUCAAGACGGCUCAGAACCGAACCUCCUAAGCAUGGCCAUCCGACGAGGGCCACGGAAUUUGCCUCCUAUUCCUUCCACUUCAAGAACAGGCUAUGCAGAAUUUUCCAUGAGGGAAAGAAUGAGAGAAAAAUUAAAGGCUGCACGGUCCAAAGCAGAAAGUGCUUUGCUGCAAGAAAUCCCUAGCCCGAGACUCAGGCAUUUUGUAAGUCUCAGAGAAGAAGUGGCUGGAUUUGAUGAAGAGCCCAGCAAAAAUGUAUUAAGGGAACCCCAAGAGGAAGAUUCCCAAAGAUCUACAAGAGUCAAGUUUCAAGAUUCUGGGAGGAAGCCCAAGUUCAAACCACAGGUUCCCCCUGGAUUCCCAUCUGCAGAGGAAGCCUAUAACUUUUUUACUUUCAAUUUUGAUCCUGAACCAGAAAAGGAUGAAACAAAAGACAAAAAAAGAGAGGAAUCUAAUCAGGAGGUGGAAGAAGGGGAGGAAGAGGAAGAGAAACCAGCUCCUGAAGAACAAGUGGAAACAAUGGAUGAAGAGGAGCUUAUUAAUGAGAAAGAGGCUGACGACUUCUUGCUUGACUUAGAUCAGACCACCCAUAAUUUUCUGGCAAUAAGAGCUGCAGAAUAUGAAAGCAUCCAUGUAAUAAAGCAAAAGGAAAAGGAAAUUCUCUUCAGACCCAGUUCUCAUACAGUGCCUAUUUAUAAAAAAAUCCCUGAAAAUAUGCAACCAAGAUACCUUGAAGAUGAAGGUCUUUACACUGGAGAAAGGCCAAUGGUCCCUCAAAUUAAUGAAAACAUUAUGGAGAAUCGAUUGCUGAUACAGGAACCAGAGAGAAAGUGGUUUGGUGAUGAUGGCAGAAUCCUAGCACUCCCUAAUCCAAUUAAACAAUUUUGUACAAGACCACCAAUAUUCUCACCAGGAGAAGGCAUGGAAGCAGGACUAGAAACAUUAUAUAAAAAGGCAGUCAACUCUGUACCCAAUAACCAGUAUAUUGUUGGUUCUGGAGACUCUCUGGGUCAGUUUCAACUGGACAUUGAUAUUUCAGGAUUAAUAUUUACUCAUCAUCCCUGUUUUAGCCGUGAGCACGUUUUAGCAGCCAAAUUGGCCCAGUUAUAUGAUCAAUAUCUAGCAAGACGUCAGAGGAACCAGACAAAAUUUCUUACAGAUAAGCUCAACGCUCUGAGGAAUGCUGUGCACACUCACCCUGAUUCCACCAAACCUCAUGGUCCUGGCCACACAGCUCAGGAAAGCAUGAACAAGUAUCAAUCUGAAAUUCGGCAAACGCGGAGAUUACGUGAUGCUGAAGAAGAAAAAGAUCGAAUAUUGCUGAAGACCAUCAUAAAAGUUUGGAAAGAAAUGAAAUCCCUUCGAGACUUUCAGAAGUUUACCAACACACCCAUAAAACUGUUUUUGAGGAAGGAAGAAGUUGACUGGAAAACAGAUGAAAAGGUAUUUGAAACAGAAAUUCAAGCAGAAACAAAUGAGUUAUUAGAAGAGCACAUGGAAGAAUAUGAAAAGAAGAUGGAAGAAUAUAGAAUCGAGUACCAAAAAUGGAAAGCCUGGAAAAAAGCACAGAGGAUCAAGAAAAAGAAAAAGAAGCCAAAAGAAGAACAAGAUGGGGUAACUGAGGAGCCAGAAUAUGGGGAGGAACCUGUGAAACCCACUCCUCCAGAACCUGUUGAUAGGUCUACAAUAGAGCAACAGGUUAGAGAGAAAGCCUUACACAGCAGGAGGAAACCUGGAGAGCCUAUUUUAGUUCCUGAGCUGAGCCUGGCUGGAAGUGUGACACCCAAUGAGCUCUGUCCAAGGGCAGAGAUCUUGAGAAGAGAAGACGUAAGGAAGCGUUCAGUAUUUUUAAAAGUCCUUUUCAACAAUAAAGAAGUUUCAAGGACAGUCAGUCGUCAAAUAGGCAUGGACUUCCGAGUUCAUUUUGGACAAAUUUUCAAUUUACAGAUACAUAAUUGGCCAGAGAAUUUAACACUUCAGGUCUAUGAAACAGUUGGCUAUGGCAGCAAUAACUUAUUAGCAGAAGUCUUUUUACCCAUCCCUGAAACAACAGUGUUCACUGGAAGGGCCUCUAUUGAAGAAAUUGAGUUUAGCAGCAAUCAGCAUGUGGCACUGGACCAUGAAGGAGUCGGAAGUGGUGAGCCCUUUUCAUUUGAAGCUGACGGUAGCAACAAAAUGAUUUUAAUGACCUCUGGUAAAGUGUCAAAUAGCGUUGCCUGGGCAGUUGGAGAAAAUGGGAUACCUUUGAUCCCACCAGCAUCACAACAAAGUGUUGGCAUUCGAAGGAAAGUUGAUGCCAUCGCAUCCAUUGGUGCAUCAGGUUUGACAGAUAUGAAGAAGCUGGCAAGGUGGGCAGCAGAAUCAAAACUGGACCCAAAUGACCCAAACAAUGCCUCACUGAUGCAGCUAAUAACGGUUGCUACCAGUGGAGAUACUUAUGUUCCAGAAUUCUUCAGACUGGAGCAGUUGCAACAAGAAUUUAAUUUUGUUUCAGAUGAGGAGCUAAAUAGAUCUAAGCGAUUCAGACUUCUACAUCUCAGAACCCUGGAGGUACCAGAGUUCCGGAAUUUUAAGCAAGUUCCCAUUUAUGACCGAGAAAUCAUGGAAAAGGUAUUCCAGGACUAUGAGAAACGGAUACGUGACAGAGGUGUAAUUGAAACCAAGGAUCACUUAGAUACUCAUAGAGCUUUAGUGGCCAAAUACCUCCAACAGGUUAGAGAAUCUGUGAUAAACCGUUUCCUAAUUGCAAAACACCAUUUUCUUCUUUCGGACCUGGUUGUAGAAGAGGAUGUUCCCAAUAUUAGCAUUCUGGGUGUAAGCCUCUUCAAGUUGGCAGAACAAAAGCGACCACUGAAACCCAGGAGAAAAGGAAGGAAAAAAGUUCCAGCACAAAAUCUGUCAGACGGAGACAUCAAAGUCUUGGUGAAUGUCCUUAGAGCCUAUGAUAUUCCAGUACGAAAACCCAUAGCCAGCAAACUCCAGCAGCCGUCCCGAUCUUCAAGGCCUUUCAGUGAAACACUUGUGACUUCCCCAUCAACGCAAAGUCCAGCCCACACUGUGGACAAUGUGCUCAGUCAGGUUUUAGUUCGACCUUUUGUAGAAGUUUCUUUUCAAAGAACUGUUUGCCACACUACUACAGCUGAAGGUCCAAAUCCCAGCUGGAAUGAGGAACUUGAACUUCCAUUUAGAGCUCCUAAUAGUGAUUAUAGCACAGCCAGUAUGCAAUCAGUGAAGGAUGAUAUAUUCAUUAACAUUUUUGAUGAAGUACUCUACGACAUCCUGGAGGAUGAUCGUGAAAGAGGAAGCGGCAUUCACACCCGAAUUGAGAGACAUUGGCUGGGAUCCGUUCGAAUUCCCUUUAGCACUUUAUAUUUUCAGGGCAGGAUUGAUGGUACCUUUAAAAUAGAUAUUCCCCCGGUUCUCCUGGGCUACAGUAAAGAGAGAAACAUAAUUAGCGAAAGGGGCUUCGAUUCUGUCAGAAGUCUGAGUGAAGGCACCUAUAUCACACUCUUUAUGACUAUUGAACCUCACCUUGUGCCUGGGGAGUCAGUUCGAGAAAAGUUUGAUUCCCAGGAAGAUGAGAAAUUACUUCAAGCAACAGAGAAGUUUCAUGUUGAAUGUGUCUUGAAAUUUCCAAAACGACAAUGCCUCACUACCGUGACCAACUUAAGUGGGAAAACAGUUUUUAUCACACGUUAUCUCAAGCCUUUAAACCCACCCCAGGAGCUCCUAGAUAUGUACCCCAAUAAUCCACAAGCAACGGCAGAGCUGGUGGCCAGAUACGUUGCUUUGAUUCCUUUCUUGCCUGACAGUGUUUCGUUUACUGGGAUCUGUGACUUAUGGAGCACAUCAGAUCAAUUUCUUGAUCUUCUGGCGGGAGAUGAAGAAGAACACGCAGUGCUGUUGUGUAAUUAUUUUCUGGCCCUAGGUAAAAAAGCCUGGCUAGUGAUGGGCAGUGCUAUUCCUGAGGGUCCAACUGCCUAUGUGCUAACUUGGGAACAAAGCCAAUAUUUAAUAUGGAAUCCCUGUAGUGGACGCUUUUAUGGACAGUUUGAUACAUUUUGUCCUUUAAAAAGUGUGGGCUGCUUAAUAAGUCCUGACAAUAUUUGGUUUAAUAUUCAACGGUAUGAUUCUCCAACGAAUAAUUUUGACAUCACCAAACCCAAACUAUGGAAAUCUUUUUUUUCAAGAAGUCUUCCAUAUCCAGGGCUUUCAAGUGUUCAGCCUGAAGAAUUAAUUUACCAACAUACAGACAAAGCUGCUGCAGCAGAACUACAAGACAGGAUUGAAAAAAUACUUAAGGAGAAAAUCAUGGAAUGGAGACCACGCCACAUGACUCGAUGGAAUAGAUAUUGUACAUCUACUCUACGACACUUCCUGCCUUUGCUAGAAAAGAACCAAGGGAAAGAUAUAGAAGAUGACCAUAGAGCAGAACUCCUCCGACAGCUAGGAGACUAUAGGUUCUCCGGAUUCCCAAUUCAUAUGGCAUUUUCUGAAGUGAAGCCUUUGAUAGAAGCUGUACACAGCACUGGAGUUCACAACAUUGAUAUCUCCAAUGUUGAGUUUGCUUUAGCUGUCUACGUACACGCUUAUCCCAAAAACGUGCUCUCCGUAUGGGUCUACGUGGCUUCACUUGUUCGUAACAAAUAAAUGCAUACUUGAGCGUGCCACAGCACAUUCUCCUUUGCAUUUUGGUUUGGAUCCUGCUUCAUCAUGGGCUUGAAUGAUCUUUGAAACAACAGCUACUGAAAUACCUCUAACAAUCAAAUUGCUCUCUGAAGAGCUACAAUUUUUGCAUGUUUCAUUGGAGAGAGAAAAACCAGAGUUAAAAACACAAGAAGAAAGUAAUGACAUAUGUACAGCACGAAAUGCAGCACUUAGCUGACAGGAAAUUAACUAAAGGCACGGAAAUCAACUCAAUCUGGUUUCAUCUGAUCAAAAUUAAGUGGAAACACACAAUCAUUGCUAUCACCAAAUGAGACCAUUUCAAAAAUUAGUGCUGGUCCCAAGAAAUUUGUACAACACUGUUAUUAACUGAACCAAUACUUCAAAUUGCUCAAACAGCUCCCACACACUAGCAAAUUUCAAUUUAAGUUAAGAAUAUAAACACCAAUAUAGUAUUUAAAAACGUAUCAUUGAACUGAUGCAGUGAACUGAGAAAACCACGAGGUCAUCAUACACAGUAACGGCAAUAUUAUGCAGCAAUAAUGAUCAACUUGUGAAUGACUUACGCUAUUCUCAGCAACACAAUGAUCCAAGACAAUUUUGAAGGAUUUAUGAUGAAAAAUGCUAUCCAC